GAGACCGAGUCGGAAAAGAGUGCUCGUCUCGGGCCGUAUACGAUGAAGGACCGGUGAUAGUUGCCUUUCUGGGCUACAGAACACAAGAAUAAUGGAUCUGAAAAGGGCGAAGGCUGUAAUCUUAGUGAUAUUUGUUUUAUUAGGUUUUAGUUCGGCGUUGGUGGUGAAUGACAGCUGUAAACAAAUGUCAACCUGCCGAUGCCAGUUCGACGGCGGCCUGGAGAUUAAUUUGAUGAAGGUGGCUGCUGAGCCCCUUGAUGCACCGAGGUUUAAGGAACUGACUGCUAGUAAUAAAUCGGACAGAAGUUUCUAUUCAUAUAAUCCUUGCUACAGUUAUGUUUUCCCACCUGAAGGUCAAGAAAUGUCAUGUAGCAAAGAUGUAGCUGUGUGUCAGUCCAGUACUUCAGGUUUUAUCAAUAUUGGGAAACAGAGUUUUGCAAAGUUUCAUUUUGAUAAUUCAACAGACCAGUGGAUACUUUCAUAUUUCAAUGACAUAGGAGAUAGGUUGUCAAAUGUUAUUUUACAGUGUACUGAUAAUGACGUUGAUGUUCUUGAGGUAUUUGGUGAAACAAAAGGCCAACAUAGGAGUGUAUUUAACAUGACCCUGAAAUCCAAGUGUGCAUGCAUAGGGGGCUGUCUGACUCCUAUCCUGCCCCACGGUAUGUCUGUUGGGUCGCUGUUUCUGCUAUUGCUCCUCAUCUUCAUUUGCGUUUACCUGGCAGUGGGAUACCUGUACCGCCGCUAUGUUAUAGGUGCACGGGGCAUUGAGUUGCUCCCGCACCUUAGCUUUUGGAUGGACUUCCCAUAUCUUGUUCAGGAUGGAUUCUUUUUCCUGCUGUAUUGUGGAAGGAGAGAUGUUACUUAUGAAAGAAUAUGAAGUGAAGCUUUAUAUUGCUGGAGUAGCUUUUAUACAUUCAUUUCUUUAUUUUUCUUGCCUCUAUAUGAACUAGGAGCAACAGCCUAGUGAAAUGUAAUUAGAAAUUCCAAGUUGCUUCAUAUACAGCCUGUUACUUACACUAGCAUUAACAAGUUUUAUAUUACUCAGCUGCAACCCUGUUCUCCCAUGCAAUGCACUAGUCAUUCAUUCUUAUGACACUGUAAAGCAUGGUUCUUUGUGACAGUGCUCUUAUGUUUUGCUCUGCUGUUUCCCUUUAUUUGGCUCCAUCAAAGCAGGAAGGGGGCUUCCAAACUUUCCUGCAAUCUGUUGUGGAAUAUGGACAGCACACAAGGGAUUCCUGCAUGUCAUCUUGGAAUACAGAGCAACUCCAUCAGGACUUAUGCACCUAAAGUGUGGGAAUCUACUAGUAUAAGAAACAGGUUAGCAGGUUAUAAGUGAAACAAAUUACAUUUUCUUACUUAAAAUAAUUUUUUUCACUCCCCUGUUAUUUAUACUCAUAACCGCCCCCCUCCUCCUCCUCCUCCCUACUCCAUUCCAUAUCUCAAGAAUGAAUGACAAGUGCACGGGAGAACAAGAUUGCCAACACAGCAGAAUAUGACAAAAUUGUUAAAUGUGGGAAUGUAGACAAAGCUGGGAAGUAUGAACAUUGUUAAUGCUAGUAUUAGAAACAUAAGUGAAAAUGUAGAUUGCAAAAAUUAGAAUACAAAAAAUGAUAGAUCAUUCAUAUUUUUUUAUUAUCAGAUUGGAGAUAUUAUCUGUCAUUCAAUAUUAUGAUAGAUUUUCCUUGGUCAGAAGUCAAGGAAAAGGAUUGAGAUUCCAUUCCACGAUGAGUCUAAGUUUUGUAAAUGAAGAUUUGAUAGGGGAUCAGCAGUGUUUAUAUAAUCUAUAUUUUGCUCUCAUAUGUGGAUUUUUUUUUCUCUUUCUUUCUUUUCUAACCAUCAUUGCAAAUUUUAUAUUGAUAUUGAUAGGAAGGGAUAAUCUUUGUUGAGUCAGUGCUAAUGGCCUUAGAUGUUGGCAGAGAGAAAAAAAAUGGAUCAAGUAUGCAAUCUUUCUUAGAUUUAAAAGUGGUGCUUGGCUCUUAAUUUUCCAAGACACAAGUACUUAUGUUUGUAUACAGUCACCUAAAUUGUUUAGUAGUCUGUGUAAUAAAGCCUGAUCAACUUAAAUUUUAGAGGCUUUUUAGAGAUGCAUUGUAAAUCUGCUUUGAAGAAUGAUUUUUGUUAUUGUGAAAAUUACAAAUUAUGACAUUUGUGAUGGAGAACUCAUGUUUAGAUAAUAAGAUGUUCUCUGUAAAGCAAAUAUAGAUACACUUGUUUCGUAGAUGAAUUUCACCCAAAAUGACAAGCAAGGUCUGUAAAUAAGCCUAGUACUCAACUGUAUCUUAUUUAAAAGUUCCAGUUCCACUCUUUUCAGAUUUCUGGGUCUACAUCAACUUUGGCUUUGAUUUGAUUGUUACAAUUAGUGUAGAACAGUAAGAAAUGUUAGUAAAUUGACCAAAGCAAUUCCCCCAUUUUAUAUAUGCUAUGAUGGAGUCGAGAAAAAACAUGAAUCACACACCAGAAUGAUAUUGUUAAUUAUGUUAUGUACUUAAUGUACAAAACAGUGAUGGGGUUGUCUGAUGUGAUGAAUAAUCCUGUUAUAGGGUUAUAGAUGCCUUAUUUAGGAUUAAUUUCCCUCAAAUGGUUUAGGCAGAGGAGUUGGGAAGACAUAUUUUUUAUAGAAUAUCCAUGACAAAAAUGUCACUUUUAUACAAAUGAAAUAUUUUUUUCUGUUAUAUGAAUGACUAUUUUCAUGUUAUUUUUACAUCAGAGUUAUUAUGAUUAUCUAAGGGAUUGCAGCUGUUAAUACAGUGAUAUUGUCUUAGAUUGGUAAAUAGAUUUCAUAUGAAGUGAUGGUAAGCAGAGUAAUAUUUCAUGAAUGAAUUAUUUCUGUAUUACUGAACAGACUAACAUAAUUAUGUAAUAAUGUGGAUUUGAUUUGUAUUUUUGUAUCAGUAAGGUUGUGAUAUAUUUGUAUUGCUCUUACAUCAUGCUUUAUAUUUUUCUCUGUUUCAAAAGAGUUGUGAUCUUACUGUAUGUAUGAAAUUUGAGGCAACAAAAAGUUUAUGGAACUUACACAACACAAUUAACUCUGAUUGCUGGAACUAAAUAGAAAAUAAAUAAUAUCUGAAAAUGUGAGAUGCAAAGUGGCAAUGUUUUUAAAGCGUAAGGUAGAAGAGAGUGCUGGAAUUAAAUGAUUGUAAAAGUUACAGUGCUUUUAUGUUGUUUUUAAACUUCUUCAUAUAAGAGAGUUUGAAUGUUGUCUCAACAGAUGAAAUAGGUAGCAUUUUUGUGAAAACUUAUUUUCUGAACAAUUUUUAUAGCUUUAAGUGUGUGAUAUGCUCGUAAAUCUUAGGAUCAUAGGUAAUUAGUCCUUAGCUCAUACCCAGAUAUAAAAGUGGUAAAUUAUAUGGCAAGUGCCUUAUUUCUUCAUCAGCAAUUUCUUUUGUCAAAAGAUUUUGUAUUGCAUUUUUGCAGAUUAUGUUCAUUCUCUUGUUUUACGUUUCUCAUUUUCAAAUCUCUGAACCAUGUUGUGUAUAGUCAAAAGGCUAGGAAUUUUUUUUUGUAUCUUCAUAAAUUAUCCCUAGGAAGUUGUACAGCAUUAACUAUAAAAGCUCUCUUUUAUUUCUUAGGCCAUUUGGUUUUGAUCAGUGUCAAGGGAAUCACAUAUUUCAAUCAUUUCCAAUCAUGAGUUUAAUGGUAACAAGGUGAAAACUCAAAAGUAAGGUAAGAUUGGAGAGUUCCGUAGAGUGAAAUCGAAAAUUAUAAUGUUUCCAUUUUGAAUGACUUCAGAAUAUUUCUUGUGAAAUUUGGAUACAAUGUUUACUGAAACAUAUCUUUGAAGAAUACAGUUUCCUAUUUUUUCUACAA